AUGGGGAGUCGUCUAUACUGGACGAGCUCACCGCACGAUCAUUCUAUGCCAAGCGAAUUUAUCACUGGCAGACCUUGUCACAGUUUAUAUAAACCGGAUCCACCAAGAAGUCUUGACGAUUCUGACUACGAUUCACCAUCUUCGGAUUACGAUCCUCCUCAUUCACCAUCCUCUCCUCAUCCGGGGACACAACGACACGAAUAUCAUUCGUUGAAAUUACUUGGAGAAGGGAGAAUAAAAUGGAAUUUGCAGGAGCUUACGGGGAAGUUCAUCUCAUCCGUAAUCCCUUUAAUCGUCGCUUUGCAGAACGCGUUAACCCCUUUACGACAUCCAAAUAUUGUGAAGUGUUUUGGGUCCAACUACGAACUGGAACUGAAUCAACUACAAAUACUACUUGAAUAUGUUCCAGGAGACGAUCUGAGAACUACAAUCCGCUCGAGACGCCGUGGAUGCAUCGACGUGCGCAGAGCUCGUGAUUAUUUCCGUCAGCUAAUAAGAGGAGUCGAUUUCUUGCAUAGCUUUCACGUGGUGCAUCGUGAUCUCAAGCCCGAAAAUGUGAUAGUUAAUAAUAAUGGUUUGCUCAAAAUUACGGACUUUGGAAUGGCAACACAACUGCAAAGCAAGGAUGACGGUACAGAAGUCCCAUUGGAUCGAAUGUGUGGUACGCGAGAAUUCAUGUCACCGCAAAUGUUCAAGAAGAAAUAUCUAGGCUCUAAAAAUGAUGUGUGGGCAACGGGUAUCAUAUUGCUGAUGAUGUUGACUGGAAGAAGGCCUUGGAAGAGAGCUCGAAAGAGUGAUCGUAACUUUUACGAAUGGGCGGAAGGAAGAACGUUACCGCGUCCGUUCGACCGGCUGACGCCUGCAACACUCGAGAUAGUGGAGUUUGUUUUGAACAUCAGUGAGCACUCACGUCCCUCAUGCGAUGAGAUCCUCGACCACUCUUGGCUAGCUUUAUAA